AUGAAAUUUCUACUAUUACCACAAACAUUACACGAUGGUGAAGUACAUUGUAUGGCAAUCAGCAAUGACAGCACAGUUUUAGUAACUGGAGGUAAAGAUAAUACGAUUAAUUUGUGGAACGUGGCCCAACUACUUGAUAUAUCAAACCUAGACAAUGAUGCUAAUAAUAAAGAUACACGAGUGAGGAUCGAUCAGUUACAGCCACUCCAACAAAUCAAGUGUCAAGAAUCAUUUAUGAACAAUAUACAAUGGAUACCCGGCUCCUACAAUAGCUUUAUAUCAACUACUUCCAAAGGGCAUGUCUAUUUCCAUGAGCUUGGGUUUGAAGCAAAGGUUACAAGUAAGCAAAUUUACCCAUUCAAAGUGGAACAAACUGGUUUGAGCCCAAUUGUCGAUGUGUCUAUUUCACGAGACGGGAAGUUGGUUGCCUGGAGUUCCACUGAUGGGAAAUUGAGUAUUUACGAUCUUCAACGCAACACACUUCAAGAGUUAUUGUCACCAGCAGAAGACAACUUGGUGGUGCAACGAAGUAUUGCUUUCAACGGUGUCACAAAUUACCUCACCAGUAUUGGAGAUGAUACACAAAUAACUCUUUUCCAAUAUGAGUACGAUCCAUAUACUAAAUUAUACAAAUUUCGAUUGGUUAACAAGAUAUCAAAACUAUUCAGUAAAAACCCAUUGAAUGUGAGAUACAAACGAGUGUCAUGGUCUCCCGAUGGAGAACUAAUAUCUAUUCCGACAGCCAGUAAAGGUCAAACAUCACUUAUAUCCUUGGUUUCGAGUACGAAGAGUUGGACUACUACUGCAAGCUUAGUGGGCCAUGAUUUAACCUGUGAAGUGACCAAAUUCAGCCGUCAUCUAUAUUCGGAAACUCGUGUUGAAGAGAAUAAUUUAUACAAUGUGAUUGCAUCUGGUGGAUCCGAUGGAACCAUUGCAAUCUGGAACACAUCGAAAACUUCACCGAUCAUGGUUCUCAAACAUGUGGUUGAUGCUCAAAUAUAUGACAUUGUGUGGACAAUCAAUAGCAGCAUUUUGUUUUGUACAUCAAAGGGAAACUUGGGUAUUCUUCGAUUCUACCCUGAUGAGUUGGGAUAUGAGGUGUCAACAAAUGAGAUGAACGAACUAAAAGCAGUUUCGGUCAAACUGAUGAAGCCAAUGAAUUUUAGGUAUGAGUAUGAACAGGUUUCAGGUAACCGCAAAACGUUACCACCUAUUGAAUACAUCGACCAGGCAACUGCAAUUGUUGCAACCGGUGAAAAUUACAAGACACGUGAGACACGCCAAACACGUCAGGCACACGAGACCAAGAUGCAAGUUGAUGAGUCCGAAAAAACUACAACUAUUGAGAAAGUCGAUCCCACCAUCACAAAGGGCCAAAUAGUACCUGAAGUAGUUACUGCUGCGACACCCAUAGAGGAUGUAAAAGCAAUCACGACGCAAAAAGAAGUACCCGAUAAGCCAUCUCCGAAAUUGACUGCGAAGGAGAAGGAGCCCAAAUCACCGUCUACUACCGCCACCUCUCAACCGCAAUCGCAACCCCCAACACAAUCACAACCACAACCUAACCUAAGCAAGCAAAAGAUCACAACCAAAGACGGAAAAAGAAGAAUUCAGCCAAUAUUGAUUUCAAACAAUGGAACAAGUGCCACCAACAAUUCCAAACUUACUCAAUCCCAACCAAUCCCCGAAGACGGAGUAAAAAGUGCAAUGGAAUUUGACCCUCCUUCAUACUCGGUGUCUGAAGAAUUCAGUCGGUCUAAACGAGCUCGUACUGAAGAACAGUUACCCAAUGGAAAUGGUGAUAUUACAAAAAAACCCAAACGAGAAAUGGAGCCUGUCAAAUUCAUUGGUUCAGUGGUUUUGAACCCCAAUGUAUCAUUUGCCAAGGUUCGAUUACCUACCCCCAAGAUACGAUUUGGAUUCCAAUUGAAGAGUAAAAAAGUUGGUGAUGAAUUUUUUACCUUGGACAUCAAGAAUGGAUCUGGAAACGAAGCCAAGCCUUCACGAGUAACUUAUUUCAAAAGGGACAAGGAAAUUUGGUGUGAUUUCGUACCCAAGUUUGUUCAUUUGGCAUGUGAGGGCUCCAACUUUUGGGCGGUGGCAACUGCUGAUGGAGAAAUUUUAACCUAUCUGCAUAUAUCAGGUAAACGAUUAUUACCACCACUUAUUCUUGGUGCACCAAUUUCAUUUUUAGAGAGCCAUGGGAAAUUUCUUAUGGUAGUGACAUGUAUUGGAGAAAUGUACGUUUGGGAUUUAGAGCUUAAGAAAAUUGAGUUAAAGACAUCAAUCGCAUCACUUUUGGAACUAGGUUCCAAACUUCAAGAAACAGGAUUAACCAAAUCUGAUUUCUUAACACUAUGUGCAAUUACGUCGCAGGGUAUUCCUUUAGUUACAUGUUCCAAUGGUUCGGGAUACUUGUAUAAUAAGAAUCUUGGAAUUUGGCAAACCAUAACCGAGUCAUGGUGGGCAUUUGGAUCUCAUUAUUGGGAUAGUGUUGAUACCGAUAAGACCAAGGCUCCACAAUCAUUAAACAUGUUUGAUGAAGAAGAAUCAAUCAUUCAGUUAUUGGAACAAAAAACCAACGAAGAAAUCAUGCGUAAAUCUCGAUCAGGUAGAGGUAAAUUGUACAAUAAAAUCUCCAAGAAUAUGAUUAUGAAAGAAGGAUUUGAAAGUUUGGAAAAUACAAUAUCAAUAAGCCAUCUAGAGAAUCGAAUCUUGUGUUGUGAAUUGUUGGGUGAAAAUAAAGAUUUCCAUCAGUAUUUCUGCAUUUAUGUACAACGCAUCUGUGAAUUGGGAUACAAGGCGAAAUUGUAUGAAGUAUGUGACGAAUUAUUAGGCCCCAUUGAUCAAGACAAAGAUAGUAGUGAUGUGAAAGGAUGGAAUCCAAAGAUUUGUGGAUUGGAUAAACGAGAGUUGUUGAAAGAGGUUAUUGAUUUAUGUUCACAAUAUCGCGACUCUCAACGGGUAUUGUAUCAUUUUAGUAAGAAGCUUGGUCUAGUCGAAGAGGAAUAA